CCGCCGGUGCGGCACGGAGCGUCCCGGUGCGGCACGGAGCGCCCCGGUGCCGCGCUCGAGGCGCGCCGGCACCGCGCUGGCGGCCGAAGUGAUGCAGCAGAAUCGUUUUCCUUGAAGUCCUUGAGGCGGUGAAGUGCAGGCAGGGCGCGGGGUGGGUGUGGGGCUCCGGGGCGCGGGCGGGCCGGCAGCUCCGGGGACACGACACGGAUGCUCCGGGGACACGGAUGCUCCGGGGACACGGAUGCUCCGGGACACACCGGCGCUGUCCGGCACCGGCAGGUGUGCCCGCUCCCCUCGGCCGCCCUGGGGACGCCCGUCCGUGCUCGCCCCAUCCCUCCUGACCGACCCCGCCUGGAGCUCCCCGUGCAUCCUGACCCGCGCCAGUUUUAUUUUCCUGCUGCAUUGCUGUUGACAUGGAAACCAAUACCACUUUCUGUUGCAGAGAAUUGGAAGCUAAAGCUACCAAAGAAGUCGAAAGAAAACUAAGCAGGGCUUUCCUGCCUCAUUUAUGUGGAACUGAGAGAAGGGAUUUAGUGCAAGAAGAGGAAGAACAGUUGAUGGAAGAAAGGAAAAAGAGAAAAGAAGACAAGAAGAAGAAGGAAGCUGCUCAAAAAAAGGCCAUUGAACAAAAAAUCAAAGUGCCAGAACAAACCAAGACCAGUGUAAGCCAGCCGCAGCCCGUCGCCUCCAACGGCACUUCCACAGGAACCAGCACUCCUAAUAAUGCCAAGCGGGCCCCAGCCAGCAGCCAGCAGCAGCCCUCGCCUCGGUACCCUCCCCGGGAAGUACCACCGCGAUUCCGGCACCAGGAACAGAAACAGCUUCUGAAGCGCGGGCAGCAGUUGCCUGGGAUAGCUGCCAACCUGGGAUCCGCCCCCAAGGUGCUGAACGGCCAGCCAGGAGGCAGCGCUGGCACCCAUAACCAGCCCCUGAGCAACGGAGAAGUGCCCAACAGCAGCAAAAAACAGCCAGGCAUGCCUCCCAUUCGGGACUUGGUGAGCCACUCCCCUAACCAGUCAGAUCUGAACCACAGUGGUCUAGGAUCCCAUUAUGAAAAUUCUCACUGGGGACCAGUCUCUUCAAAUAGCGACUCCAGCACAAACUGGGAUAAAGUUAUCGUAGACGGCUCUGACAAAGAAGCAUGGCCAUCAAUCACUGGCAGUGACCCAGAGCUGACUUCAGAAUGUAUGGACACUGACUCUGCCUCCAGCUCUGGGUCGGAGCGGAACCUCGUUAUCAUGGCUUCAGGGAGCACAGCAGGAGAAGGCGAUGGCAUUCGCAACGGCCUCGGACAUGGGUCUCAGAAUAAGUUUGUGGUUGGUAGCAACAGCAAUAAUGUGGGCAAUGGAAGUAUUAAUGGGCCGUGGGGGUUGUCCCACGGGUCCAUAAUAAGCACAUGUCAAGUUUCUGUGGAUGCUCCUGACAGCAAAUCUGAAAGUAGCAACAAUAGAAUGAAUGCUUGGGGCACCAUAAGCUCUUCAUCAAAUGGAGGGUUAAAUCCAAGCACUUUGAAUUCAAAUGGCAGCCAUGGUGCCUGGUCCGUGUUGGAGAACAGUGGACAUGCCCUGAAAGGGUCCGUGGGGAGUGGGAGUCCUGGCACAAGCAUUCAGUGCAGUACCAUAGGUCAGAUGGCCAACAGCCAGAGUAUUAACUCGAAAGUGGGUGGCUCAGCCCACGGUUCCUGGGGAAGCCUUCAGGAAAGCUGUGAUUCUGAAGUAAAUGGUACAAGGAAUGUUUCAUUCAGUGGGCAACCUCAAAACCUUAACACUGAAAUGAAUGGACCAAAUAACACUACUAACUUUAUGACCUCUAGUUUACCAAACUCUGCUGGUUCGGUGCAGAUGAACGAGCUGCCCAACACCGCAGGGCCCGGGGCCUGGCGCGUGAGCACAAUGAAUCAUUCUCAGAUUCAGGCCUCUCCAGUGGCAAACGGCACUUCCAUCUCUCACCUGAGCAACGGUGAGGCCAAAACUGGCGGCUCUUACGGUACUACCUGGGGUGCCUAUGGUUCUAGUUACUCUGGAGACAAAUGUCCAGGCCCAAACAGCCAAGCUAAUGGUGACACUGUGAAUGCAACUCUAAUGCAGCCGGGCGGCAGCGGGCCUGGCAGCACUAACUUUCAAAUCAACGGGAGUAAAGGCGGAGGGGUGUGGGAGGCAGGGACGGUCGGCUCCCAGAACGUGCCGUGGGGAAACGGGAGCGGUGCCGGUGCCGGCGGGAGCAGAAGAGGAUGGGGCAGCCCCGCACAAAACGCUGGCACCAACAUUUCCAACGGGGAAUGGAGCAAACUGCCCAGCGGCCAGCAUUCCAAUGAAGGCGUCAAUGGAAACAGCAGGAAGUUUACAAAUGGAUGGAAGUCUGCUGAGGAGGAGGAGCUCAACAGCCAGAGCUCUGCUGCCUCGCAGAUGGCUGAGCAGAGCAGCACGUGGGCCAAAACAGGUACGGGGGACAGCGAGGGGAGCUCGGAGAGCGCCGGGUGCCACGAGGACAGAGCAGCUAC